AAAGUUUAGAUGAGAAGAGUGUAAACAAAAUCUAAAUACUAUUGGUGUGAAUCAAAUGUGUACUAGUUACAGACUGACAGCCAAGAUGGCCUGUACAUAAUUCUUAUCUUUCUCUUUCACUCAACUUGCAGCAUCAGACAAGUAUACAUAUAAAUUGUAUUGCUUUACAGCCCACAGGAAAAAACUAUAUUAAAAAUUUGAUCUUUAUUUAUUUAUAUAAAAAAGUAUACCUUUUGUUUCUUUCUUGUUCAUAAUCACCUUGAAUUUUUCACAUUCUUGCUCAGUCUUGUACAUGAGGUUCGUGACGUUUGUCCUUCGAACAUGAAAAGCAUAGAAUUGUUGGGUUUUGAUUCGUUUAUUGGGUUUCUAGUGGGGUUUGUGUUACAUGCUUGUAUAGUUUAUAUAAAUUCUUUUUUGUUGGUGGGUUUGAGAUAUAUUGUUUGGUAGAGAAGAGUAAUAAAUUCUGUGUUUGUGAGUGUGAGAGAGAGUGCGUAUGAGUGUGUUUUUGUGUUUGUGUUGUCGGCGCAAGGUCGCUUUCUGUCGGCAUUGCCUGUAUCCAACGAUGAUACACACUACAGAAGGAUUUGUUUACUUAAUUUUUUAAUUCAAAAGUACAAGGGAUACAUAGAGAUAGAAAGAUGCUACUGGGGAUGCUUAAUUCAUUUGUUGUUGCUAGCUGAACCUGUCUUUGUAUUGUGUUUUGUUCUUCUUCUUCUUCUUCUUCUUUUUUUUUUCUUCCCAUGAUUUGGACCUGGCCAGAACUAUUGGCCUGGUCGUGAUCGGUAUCGGAUUUUACUAUUUUUUGUUUGGGAAUUCUUUAUUUUAAAUGUGGGACUCUUUGUCUUGGUGAUAGCCAUAUUGGGAGAUUGAUUUUGUUUGUCAUUGGCAAAUGAAGUUAAGGUUUCUGGAGACCUGGCUGCAUAAUUUCUCUGGGGAUACAGGUUCAAUGUACAGUACUUUGUAUCCCAAUUGUAGACUGCCUCAUAGCUAGAGUGGUUCCCAUACCAAAUGUCAGCGACUCUUGCGGCAAUAAUUGGAGGUGCUGCAGGAGCUGUGGCAUUGAUGGGGAUAGUUAUCUAUCUCAUAUGGUUCUGCCUGUAUCAUAAUCUAAGUGUUUCAAGAAAUUCAGAGACUGGAUCAUCUGAUCAGUCUGUUCAAGGCAGAAAUGUUGGGAUUCAGUUAUCGGUACAAGAAGUUAGGCCUUUUGCCAUGGAAGAGUUGUCUCAUGUGACGAAAAAUUUUAGUGAUAAAAACUUGAUUGGGGAAGGAAAAUUCGGAGAGGUAUACAAGGGUUUGCUACAAAAUGGGAUGCUGGUAGCCAUUAAAAAGCGACAUGGAGCACCUAGUCGUGAAUUUAUUGAUGAGGUGCACUUCCUCUCAUCUAUUCAUCAUCGGAAUCUUGUGACUCUUCUGGGUUACUGUCAGGAAAAUAAUUUACAGUUUCUUAUAUACGAGUAUAUACCUAAUGGAAGUGUUUCCGUUCACUUGUAUGGAGCUGGCCAAGUUUCCUGUCAGAAGCUAGAAUUCAAGCAUCGACUUUCAAUAGCUCUUGGGGCAGCUAAAGGUCUGGCUCAUCUUCACUCCCUGAGUCCCCGCGUGUUACAUAAAGAUUUUAAAACAGCCAAUGUCCUUGUAGAUGAAAAUUUCAUAGCUAAGGUUGCAGAUGCUGGACUUAGAAUUUUUCUUGGGAGAACUGAUAUUGCAGGGCCAUCGUCACAAGUCACAGCUGAUGAGAUAUUCCUUGCUCCAGAGGUGAAAGAAUUCAGAAGAUUUUCUGAAAAAAGUGAUGUGUACAGUUUUGGAGUCUUCCUUUUGGAGCUAGUAAGCGGGCGAGAAGCAUCAGAUUCGCUGUCUUCAGCUUCUUAUAAGAAUCUGGUUGAAUUGGUGCAAAACAGUCAAGAUUUUAGCAAUAUUUCAAGCAUCAUUGACAUGAGAUUAGGGACUAGUUUCACAACCGAAGGUAUGGAAGACUUCAUACGGUUGACAGUCCGAUGCCUGGAUCCGUCAAGUGAGAGGCGGCCUUCGAUGAGCUAUGUGGUCAUGGAACUCGACCGGACACUGGAGAAAGAAAUGAGCUUGACAACAGUUAUGGGGGAAGGAACCCCAACAGUGACCCCUGGAAGCCAGUUAUUUACAGCUACAAAAUGAAUUGAACUUGUUUGCCUCCCAAAUACUAAGCCUGAUUUUUGUGAAAUACAUGUCUUUGUCCCCUUCCUGUAAUUGUUGAUUUUGUUUCUGGAAAACAUGAGAGAAAAAGUUCAGCUGUUUGGUAAUUGUAUAAAGAACAGCUGCAUUAUUAUUAUUAUUAUGAUUAAUUUUCCUUCAUUUUUUCCAUUACAAAUGUAACGAAAAUUCUGUUGUAAACUAUAAAAUUUGUUGUUCAUAUAAAAAUGAAGGUUGGAGUUGGUGUGACUUCAAAUAA